UGGCUGCAAAACAACUGAUCGAGAACUCUAGAAUUUUGUACUAGAGAUCAAGAUUUAGAUCUACUAGAUUCUAGAUCUAUUAAGACCUGACAAAUAUAUUAAAUGAUGGCGUAGUUCUAAAUAAAUAUACUAAAUCUAGACUGACCAGAUGUCCUCAGAGCUCUCAUAUGAAGCUUCAGAUGAAGCAUCAGAGAAUGAACUACUAGAACGCAGUUUGUCUGUAUGGCGAGGAUGGAGUGCGAUAGAAUGGGAAGAUUUUACACCCAUUGCUUUGGAUAUUCAUACUGCAUGUAGCAUUGGUCAUUUUGACUGGGUUCGAUCACUUAUCCUUAAAAAUGAUGGUCAAAAAGACAGAAAAAAUGUUGGGGGCUGGACACCACUAAUGUAUGCCUGUUAUAUUGGCCAUGACAACAUAGUUAAUCUGUUGAUCAAAGAAGGAUGCAACAUGAACAUGAAGAACCCUAAAGGCCACACCCCUCUUAUGCUGGCAGCAAGUUGUGGGAAUGAAAGUGUUGCUCGCACUCUAGUCAGGAAAGGAGCAGAGCUUGAACUGAUUGACAGGAGUGGUUGGACAGCUUUGUUCCAUGCAACUUACGCAGGUCAUCAAAACUUUGUUGCUUUCCUUCUUGAGGCUGGGGCAAACAUGGAUGCUGUUGAGCCCAGCUCUGGGAUGACACCAUUUAUGGAAGCUGCUGCAGAAGGACAUGAGAUCAUAGUUCAAGAGUUUCUAAAGCAUGGUGUCAAUGUGAAUGCUAGAGCACAUAGUGGGGACACUGCCAGGACCCUGGCUGUACUGAAUGGCUACAUGAAGAUUGUUAGUCUCAUCGACAACCACACCAUGCCUCUCAUUUCCUUGAGGUCUGAAGCUGGUCUAGAGCUGUACAGUUCAUCUGAUGAAGCCCUAAACAAGAGACACCCAUCCACUCGCCACCUGCGUCUGAAGACCCAGGGCCCAAGUAUAAGAGAUGGACCUGAGGCCAUUGCUAGAAUGAUUGAUAGGACCAGAUGCACUGACCCUGUGUACUAUCCAAAUUGUCACAUUCCCAAGGGUUAUGUCUCUUUUCCUGCCAUGGGAGACGACAAACAGGAGACCAAACUGUCCCAUAGAGAUGUCACCUCCCCCAUCAACCCUGAGGACUAUAAGGAGAGCUCAGAAAGUAGAGAUUAUGAUGACUGUAAUGAUGACAGCAAUGCCUUCACCAAGACAGGGGCCAUCACCAUCAAAAGCAGCUCCAGCUCUAGUGGCGGGCUGGUGGCAGCCCUAGGGCUGAGUCGUGAAGGCAGCAUAGACAGUGAUGACUCCCACUACCAGACCACCAGCUCAUCAGAUGAUGUAGCACCUGAUGGUCCCGCUAAAUCCAGGAAUCAUCACCGGUCUCUAAAAGCACAAGAACGCAGCUCCAACCCUGUGAAGUUAUUAAAAUUUCCAGAUCAAAAUUUAAAUACAGAACACACUGGAGCUGUCUCCCCUUUGUGUGAUUACUUCCCUUUAGAUGCAUCAUUUCCAGUGGGAACCAGUAACCCAGUAACAAACACUACAGGCUCAGAGAAUAAUGUUAUACCUAGCCAACCACCAAACUCCUGCCAAUCUUUACCCAAACAAAAUAUGACCCAGGCUGAAAUAGUUCAUAGAUAUUUAAAAAACUUAACUCUGGAUAAUCCCGAGAAACAAAACCAGUUUUAUGGUUAUGAGAACCUCUGGGCCAGUGAUUCUGCAGAUGUUGUUGUAGCAUUAAAAGAUGGUUCUCAAGCUACUGAAAGUGUCUCUAAUAGUCACAAACCAUUGAAGGGGGAGACAGACAAGUCAAGUUGUGUAAACAGUUUAUCAGCUUUACCUUUAGAAAAGUCUGAAGACAAACAGGCACAAGGGCCCACACAACAAGAACAUACUCCACCAACAGCGGGAUCUAAAAAAUAUCCAACACAGUCCAGCGCUGUGUCCAGUUCCUCUGAUACACCCAGUGUCCACCUGAACCAUCUACUGAAGGACACCACGGCUGUCCACAACCAACAGCGCACGCACCAUCCCCAGCUGAACCACCAUCACCCUCUGUACAACAGACACGUGACUUAUUCCAACCACCAAGACAUUCCGCGGCCCAAUCACCCACGGCCAAACACAAUUCAACCGCUUACAUUUGGGCCACCUGGCACCAACAAUACACCCUGGCAAUAUUUCUACAGUGAGACUGAGCCUCAUGGCCAGUUUGGCUUCCCUACCCCAGAAAACCUGACCCUGCCACCAGACUACAGCUCACAGCUGGCUGCAGCUGGGGCCUUGACAUCUAACACAGCUCAUCUCCAUGGCAACACAUCAACAAAUAACACAGCAGGUAAUCAUUUUCCCGCAAAUAGUUUGUCGCAGUUAAACCAAGAGAACAUGUUCAGUCCAUCUCCAGCGAUGGUGGUCAUACCUGGACACUCCACCUCCCAGCCUGUGUCCAGCACAAUUCACUGGCCAGACGAGGCAGGGGUCAGCAGAAGUGGGCCGCGGAACCUUGCUGAGAUGCUGAACCAGCUGGGUCUGCUCAAGUACCUGGACAAGUUUGAGGAGCAGGACGUUGACCUGCAGGUGUUUCUCUCCCUUACAGACAACGAUCUCAAGGAAAUAGGAAUCAAAUUGUUUGGUCCCAGAAAAAAAAUGACCAACGCCAUUGCCCGCUGGCACAGUAACGCACCAAUAGCCAGCAGCAGUCUAGAGCAGGCCUACGCUGACAGGCUGGAGGGGGAGAUGCAGGAGAUGGCUAUACAGCUCAAUCAGGUAGCAGAAAAUGAAGAAACUUUAAAAGCCCAGAUUCUUCAAGAGCAGCAACUCCGUUCUGUUACUGAAGGCUGUCUGAUGGAAGAGCGAGCCAACUGGGAGCAGGCUAGGCAACUGUUGCAGGACACAAGGACUAAGCUGAGAACUAUGGGAGACUUGAUGUCACGUCUUAGACACCACCAGAAGGAAUUAAGAAAACAAUUAGAAAAUGUCUCAGGGCCAAAAGUUCCAGAAGACCAUUCAGAGUUGCCAGAAAAAAAAAUUUCCAAUGGCGGAUCAUGUCCAGCUGACCCUUCAGCUGACCCGACCCAAGCAAGUCAGGCAGAAGAACCCUCUAAGACCUCCAGUGUUCACACCAGUAAGGAAGUGCUAAAAAAAUCUGAGAAGUGUUUGAAAGAAAUGCAACACACAUUAUCCAGCCUGGUACAAAGUGCUGAUAGGAUUUUAAUAUCUACCCAUUCACUGAGCAGUUUUGAUAAGGAUCUAUAAUAGCAUUUAUAUAUCUAAUCAUAGACAAAACAAAAUUGUUACAGAUCUUUAAGUUGCAUUUUUAUACCCACUCAUACACUAAGCUAUUUACACUGAAUCUAUAAGUGAUGAGUUCCCAAUCCGUCCAGUCAAUUGUCUUUCCUGUUUACCUCUAUAUUUAAUUUUAUUACUGAUUUGUAUAUGAUAGGUUAUAAAUUUUGCUGUAUUGUAUUAAUAGUUCAAUGCUUAAAUAUCUGUUAGUAUGUUAAUGAUAAAUUUUCCAAAAUUUUGAAUUUCUUUUUUGUAAAAUAUGCCUGCAUUUUAGUAGUACAUGGAAAUCUUAGCAGUAAAGAAAUUUAAUAUAUAAAUUAUACUUGAAAUUUCUUUUUAGUAAAAUAUUUGUGUAUUUUAGUACUAGUUGUGCAUAGAAAUCUUAACACUAAAGAAAUUAUACAUGAAAUAGUUGUUUUAAUAUUAGUGGAAAUUCUUAUCCUUAUCUUGUAUCAUUGUUUAUUAAAUUUUAAGUUUUGUUAUAGAGUGGAUAUUGAGAUAUUCAAAUUAAAUUUAACAUAUUCUCAGGUUUAUCUAAUUAUUCACUAUCAUCAAGAAGCAACAAAUUAUCUGGACAAUGUUGUUGAUGGUACUAAAACAAUUAAAACAUACAAUAGUAUUACUUGCUGUUAACAGCUCUGCUUCUGCAAUGUGUCACCAGAAUUUUAAAUAACCAAACAGAUAUUCAUAAAUGUUUGUUGUACUACAAAGCUUUAUAUGAUUAAAUACAAUUUACGUUUGGAAAAUGUCACCAUUUUUCGGCCUUGUAAAGGGGGCUGCAAUAGAUGGACUGUGCUGUUUGCUGGUGCUUACUUUAAAACUAAAAGAUUUUUUUUAUCAACCUGAUCUAGACAAAAUAUUGACUUGAUGUUCCCUUAGGUUAGUUCCUUGUGCAAUAUAAAUAUGAUAGAUUAUAUUUCAUUGUAUGAAAAAUGUUACGUUUAGCUUACAAAUGAUACUGGUCACAAAGAAUGUAGUUAACAUAAAUACUAGUGUCUAUUUGUACUGAGAUGUGAGCUAGUUUGUUGCUGUUAUUUUACAUUGUUGACAAGCCCUACUGCUUUUGCAAGGGUGAUCAAAUUAUCAUGAAUGUACUUUGUUAUAUCUAUUGACUGUGUAUACUGUAAAUAAAUUGU